CCACCUGUAGCGGAUCUCUAUCCCCCAAAGGAAAUUAACCUCCGAAAGCCACCGAGUUAACGGACAUAAAGCUCUUGACACGGAAGACAUCUUCUGUUUCCAUUAUUUUUGCAUCUUUUUUAUUUUAUUUUUUAUUUUUUGUAUAAACGACACUUCAGUAGAGAACCAUGUUACUGUCGCAUCAACUAUUCCUAUUAAUAUUUAUUUCGACUUCAGCUGUAGCCACAUCCCCCACAAGCACAGACUUAACCAGUGAUGCAACAGACAGCCCAAUCACUGAUACUGCUGUAACAAGCAUUUCAUCUGAGAAUAUAACUACACCAUUCGCAAACAAUGCCACAACCUCACUGCUGUCAACGCAUGAUGCUAGUAAUGUCCCAUCUCCACCUUUAUCUACUCAAGGCGACGUGACAAGCUUAUCUACAGUUGUACCAGAAAAUUCUACCAGUUCAUCAGCGAUUACACCAGGAAAUGCCACAGCUUCACCUGCACCUCUAACAACAGAAGCCAGCACCACAAGUCCACUUGUGCCUACACCAGAGAAUGCUACAAACCAUCCUGUAACUUCACCAGACAAUGACACAACUGGUUCUUUACCUGAGCCAGGCAACAGCACAACCCCACUCCAAACUACAAGAAGCAAUGACACUCCUCCUUCCAUUAGCACACCAAGCAACAGUACAGCUUCACCAAUAACAACACCAAGCAAUGUCACAAUUACAACACAGACUACACCAAUUAAUGCUACAACAGCAAACCAUGCCACAACUCCACCCUUAACCACAUAUAUUUCAAAUCAAAAUACACCAGGGAAUAAUGCAACGGUAAAUGCUACCAUACCACCUUUGACUACACCAGUUGAUGCAACUGCACCACCUCCAACUACAACAGGGAACAAUGCAAUAGUAAACGCUACCACACCACCCACAACUACACAAGAAAAUAAUGCAACAGUAAACAUUACUACACCACCCAUGAUUACACCAGGAAAUAAUGCAACAGUAGACAGUACCACACCACCCAUAACUACACCAGUAAAUGCAACUGCACCAACUCCAGCUACAACAGGGAACAAUUCAAUAGUAAACGCUACCACACCACCUAUAACUACACAAGAAAAUAAUGCAACAGUAAACAUUACUACACCACCCAUGACUACACCAGGAAAUAAUGCAACAGUAGAGAGUACCACACCACCCAUAACUACACCAAUAAAUGGAACUGCACCACCUCUAACUACACCAGGGAACAAUGCAACAGUAAAUAAUAGCACACUGCCCAUAACUACACCAGAGAAUAAUGCAACAGUAAACGUUACCACACCACCCAUAACUACACCAGUAAAUGCUACUACACCACCUCUAACUACCCCAGGGAACAAUGCAACAGUAAAUAAUAGCACACUGCCCAUAACUACACCAGAGAAUAAUGCAACAGUAAACGUUACCACACCGCCCAUGACUACACCAUUAAUUACUACUAUACCACCUUUAACUACACCAGGGAAUAAUGCAUCAGUAAAUGGCACCACACCACCCAUAACUACACUUGAGAAUAAUGCAACAGUAAACAUUACCACAACACCCAUGACUACACCAGUAAAUGCUACUAUACCACUUUUAACUACAUCAGAGAAUAAUGCUACAGUAAAUGCUACUACACCACCCAUAACUACACCAGGGAACAAUGCAACAGUAAAUGGUACCACACAACCCAUGACUACACCAGAGAGUAAUGCAACAACAACAGUAAAUGCUACUACACCACCCAUCACUACUCCAGUAAAUGCUACCUUGCCACCUCUAACUACACCAGGGAACAAUGCAACAGUAAAUGGUACCACACCACCCAUAACCACACUCGAGAAUAAUUCAACAGUAAACGUUACCACAACACCCAUGACUACACCAGUAAAUGCUACUAUACCACUUUUAACUACAACAGAGAAUAAUGCAACAGUAAAUGCUACUACAACACCCAUGACUACACCAGGGAACAAUGCAACAGUAAAUGCUACCACACCACCCAUGACUACACCAGAGAGUAAUGCAACAACAACAGUAAAUGCCACUACACCACUCAUCACUACUCCAGUAAAUUCUACCUUGCCACCUUUAACUACACCAGGGAACAAUGCAACAGUAAAUGGUACCACACCACCCAUAACUACACUUGAAAAUAAUGCAACAGUAAACGUUACCACAACACCCAUGACUACACCAGUAAAUGCUACUAUACCACUUGUUACUACACCAGAGAAUAAUGCAACAGUAAACGCUACUACACCACCCAUGACUACACCAGGGAACAAUGCAACAGUAAAUGCUACCACACCACCCAUGACUACACCAGGGAGUAAUGCAACAACAACAGUAAAUGCUACUACACCACCCAUCACUACUCCAGUAAAUGCUACCUUGCCACCUCUAACUACACCAGGGAACAAUGCAACAGUAAAUGGUACCACACCACCCAUAACUACACUUGAAAAUAAUGCAACAGUAAACGUUACCACAACACCCAUGACUACACCAGUAAAUGCUACUAUACCACUUUUAACUACAACAGAGAAUAAUGCAACAGUAAAUGCUACUAUGACCCCCAUGACUACACCAGGGAACAAUGCAACAGUAAAUGCUACCACACCACCCAUGACUACACCAGGGAGUAAUGCAACAACAACAGUAAAUGCCACUACACCACCUAUCACUACUCCAGUAAAUGCUACCUUGCCACCUCUAACUACACCAGGGAACAAUGCAACAGUAAAUUGUACCACACCACCCAUAACUACACUCGAGAAUAAUUCAACAGUAAACGUUACCACAACACCCAUGACUACACCAGUAAAUGCUACUAUACCACUUUUAACUACACCAGAGAAUAAUGCAACAGUAAACGCUACUACAACACCCAUGACUACACCAGGGAACAAUGCAACAGUAAAUGCUACCACACUACCCAUGACUACACCAGGGAGUAAUGCAACAACAACAGUAAAUGCUACUACACCACCCAUCACUACUCCAGUAAAUGCUACCCUUGCCACCUCUAACUACACCAGGGAACAAUGCAACAGUAAAUGGUACCACACCACCCAUAACUACACUUGAAAAUAAUGCAACAGUAACGUUACCACAACACCC